GUAAUAUUUACACCCUCAUAUUGUAACCUAAAUUUAUUUUCUACACUAACUACACUUCUGGGUACAAAAUUUGCGAACGGUUCAGCCAACAAGAACACAUUUAUAAUUUUGUUGGAGUGGUUCAUUUCUAUACGAUUUUAUAAAGGAAAACUUCCUGUUUUCUUCUUUUGUAAACGUCGUGUUUCAAGAUGGCUCCAAAGCCGAAGCCAACGGAUAAAGGAGGUAAAGCGGAGAAGAAGACUGAGAAGAAGCCGGAGAAGAAGCCGCCAGCAGCAGCAGCAGCGGCGGCCCCUGCGGCUGCGACUGCAGCUGGAUCGUCAACUGCAACUGGGGCUGGGGCGUCCACGUCAAAAGCAAAGCCUGCAGCGAAGACCGGCAAGAAGGUAGCGCCGGCCCCGGCAGCUGCCAAGACCACGGUGAAACCGGCCGCCAAGCCAGCAACAGCUAAGCCUGCCGCCAAGCCGGCUGCCGCCAAGGGAGCCGCCAAGCCGGCCGCUAAGGGAGCCGCCAAGCCGGCCGCAAAGGGAGCUGCCAAGCCGGCCGCCAAGGGAGCUGCCGCCAAGCCCAAAGUGCCCGUGAAGGGGGCGCCCAAGAAGCUAGAGAGGCCCAAGAAGGAUGUGGCUGCCAAGUCGCAGCGGGUGGGCAAGUUGUCCAAGCCCCUGCAGAAGGCUCUCAAAGUUCAGAAGAAGGUGUUGAAAGGCAUUCAUACAACAAGGUUCAGGAAGAUCAGGACAUCUGUACAUUUCCAUCGACCCAAGACGUUCAAGGCUCCGAGGAAUCCAAAGUACCCGAGGAAGUCCGUGCCCAGGCGAAACCGCAUGGAUGCCUUCAACAUAAUAAAAUUCCCGCUGACCACUGAAGCUGCAAUGAAGAAAAUUGAAGACAACAAUACGUUGGUGUUUAUUGUACACCUGAAAGCCAAUAAACAUCACAUUCGAGCUGCAGUAAAGAAGUUGUAUGACAUUGAUGUUGCGAAGGUUAACACCCUGAUAAGGCCCGACGGUAAGAAGAAGGCUUAUGUCCGUUUGGCUCGGGACUAUGAUGCGCUAGAUGUGGCGAACAAGAUUGGUAUCAUAUAAACUACUGCUCCUGUGCGUUGUGGCAUUGGUGUUAUUGUUUACGAUACAUACAAACAAUUGAAAUAUCAAAAUAAA